AUGUGCCUCUUCCCGUCCUUCGUCGCCAUCGUGGAAGCGUACAAGCCUAUGCAGACCCUCAUCCACCGAUACCCGGGACUGCACUACACCUGGUGGACCCAGAGUGCUGCCGGCCAAUGCGGCGCCGACGACCCGUCCCGCUGGGAGUACAGCAACUGCACCGACCUCAUGCAGUGCACGCUGUCUAACAUGGCCGACAUCCUCAAGAGCGACAUCGCCAUCGGGACCACCAUUCCCGGUCUCCUUCCCAGCAUCCUGGCCGUCAUGGCCAUCGAACCGGACGCCCUCGUGCGCUUGUGCCUCGUGGCGCCGCAUCGCGCCGUCGCCGUCGCCUCCUUCAGCUCGAGCUUCCCGGCCUCCGUCUUCUUCCACCUGCGCACUCUCCAGUCUCAGAAGAGAGCAGGUCCCCCGGGCGCCGCGAGCGGCGCCAGCAGCAGCUCCUCUGACGACUACGGUCACACCUCGCUAGUCCCGCUGGCAAACCACGACAAGCUGCAAGGUGGCGGCGGCGCGUUGUCGUGGAGACACAUCUGCAUCAAGCUCGCGGUCGACGCAGCGGCCGUCGUCUCCGCCGCCGCCGUCAUGCGGCAGCUCUGGAUCGUCAACAGAGCCGUCCUGGUGCAGUGGCGGUGCGAGUCGCCCCUGAUGGUCAUCACGUGGCCGAUGGCGUGCAUCUGGUGGCUCCCCGUGGCGGUGUCGCUGCUGUACAUCAUGGCAGAGGACGUGAGGUUCGAGCAUGCCGUGCUGGGGACGGACUGCCGGUACACCUGGUGGCAGGUCGUCACGCUGCCGUACACGCUCGAUGUAGACAUUCAGAGGGAGUGGCAGCCAAGGUGGACCGGGCGGCCUAAGCUGUGGGGCGUGGAGCUACCGGUGAACCUGCCGCGGGGAUUAUCGUAUGGCUUGCGCAGUGAUGCAAAGGCCAGGGACCGCGGCGAGCGGGCUGCCCGAGCUCGGCUCCAGUGCCCCGACCCGGCGUCUAUCAACAAGCACGCCGUGAUCAUGGUUGUCACGAUGCCCGAUGAUUCUCUCUGGAGGACCUGGCGGUCGUACAAUUUCCUCAUCUCUAUUCCGUCCCUUGUCAUAUACUUCUACGCAACCUUUGUACUGCUGAGCGCCGUGUUCAUCGGUAGCGUCAACAGCAUCCUGUUCUCUUCUCUGUCGUCGGGGCUGUAUCUCUCCACUAGGAUCCUCGUGACCAUCUUCUGA